GCAGGAGUUUUGAGGGUAACUGGAACACGUAUCGACUCCUCUCACACCACGAUCUGCCGGCAACCAAGAGUAACUUUAACAUUGCUGUGUUGAAUGUCGGAGCGCCGGCCGCGGGGAUGAACGCCGCUGUCCGCUCCUCCGUCCGGGUCGGCCUCACCCAGGGGCACAAGAUGUUCGUCGUCCACGAUGGAUUCGAGGGUCUUGCCCAAGGGCAGCUCGAAGAGUACGGGUGGGUGAGUGUAGGAGGCUGGACCGGUUUGGGAGGCUCGAAACUGGGGACGAAACGAGUACUCCCAGGAAAAUACUGUGAUAAGAUCAGUGCUACCAUUAACAAAUUCAACAUUCACGCCCUCCUUAUAAUCGGGGGCUUUGAGGCUUUCAUAGGGGGUCUCGAGCUGCUUGACGGUCGGACCACACAUGAGGAACUGUGCAUCCCCAUGAUCAUCCUGCCAGCCACAGUGUCCAACAAUGUCCCGGGAUCGGACUUCAGCAUUGGAGCAGACACAGCACUGAACACCAUCACCAGCACCUGCGACCAGAUUAAACAGUCCGCAGCUGGUACCAAGCGCAGGGUUUUCAUCAUUGAGACCAUGGGUGGUUACUGUGGUUACCUCGCCACCAUGGCUGGUCUGGCAGCUGGUGCUGAUGCUGCCUACAUCUACGAGGACCCCUUCUCCAUCCAUGACUUAGAGAUCAAUGUCGAACAUCUGAAAGCGAAAAUGAAAACAACAGUGAAACGUGGUCUCGUGCUCAGGAACGAGAAGGCCAAUGACCAUUACUCCACUGACUUUAUCUAUAACCUGUACUCGGAGGAGGGCAAAGGUGUUUUUGACUGCAGGAAGAAUGUUCUGGGACAUAUGCAGCAGGGUGGGAGCCCCACGCCGUUCGAUCGGAACUUCGGCACAAAGCUGGGAGCGAAGGCAGUUCUGUGCCUGACAGCGGCUCUGAAGGAGGCGUACAGGCAUGGCCGCAUUUUUGCCAACACUCCGGAAUCUGCCUGUGUCCUGGGAAUGCGGAAGAGGAGUGUGGUCCUCCAACCACUGCAGCAGCUCCAACACCAGAUAGACCAGGAGCAUCGUCUCCCCAAGGACCAGUGGUGGUUGAAACUUCGCCCCAUGUUAAAGGUCCUAGCCAAGUAUAAGGUGGGAAUGGAGAUCUCUGAACAGGCAGAGAUGGAGCACGUGAUGCACAAGAGAACACCAGUCGCAGCCAAGCGCUGAGAGGAGAGCGAGGGGGCAGAGCUGGACUUCCCACCCUCCCCAAGUACCCCCCACAACCAGACAGCCUCGAAAGUGGGCAAACAGGAGGAUGUUCAGUUAGCAGCAGAUCAGAGUCUGUCCUAGUUCCCCGAAAAUACAGACACUCUCCCCCUCCCCCGCUCCCUCCCUCUCCCUCCCUCCCUCCGUCUCCCUCUCCCUCCCUCCGUCCCUCUCCCUCCGUCCCUCCCCCUCCCUCUCCCUCCCUCCCUCCCUCUCACCCACUCCCUCUCCCCCACUCCCUCUCCCUCCCUCCCCCAUUCUCUCUCUCUCUCUCUCAUCCUCCCUCCCACUAUAUAACCCUGCUCUACCCAUUCAGCCCAUCUGCUCUGUGCUGGUGCUUCUGCCCCACAUGAGCCUUCUCCACCCCACCCCGCUCCACCUCACCCCCAUCACCAUACCCUCCUAUCCCUCCCUCCCUCGUGUGUUCAUCCAGCUUCCCCCCAACCCCACCCCCCCCCACCUUCAAUAUAUCGACACUAUUCACCUCGACCACUCCCCGCGGGAGCGAGUCCCACAUUCUCCCCGCUCUCUGGGGGAGUUCUCCUGAAUUCCCCCGAUAGGAUUUAUUAGUGACCGUCUUAUAUUGAUGACCCCCCUAGCUGCAUGUUUACAGUUGUCAAACAGAGAACUCUGAAAUAAGGUUAAUAAAACUUUAUCAGCUUCGA